AAAGUUCAAGUGUUGUCAUAUGGCAUGAAAUUUAAUCUAGUUCUUUGAUAUCAGAUUAGAAUUCCUUUAUGGAAUCAAAAAAGAAUUAGAUAAAAAUGACAUAGUCAGUACGUCGUAAUUUGAUUCAUAGUGAAUAACAUGUAAUAGAAAUUUUCGCCUUAUAAAUACUUCAAGAGAAGGGGAAGAUCGUUUGAGAGAAUGAUUAAGAAUACGAGAUCCCUCUUAGUUUGUCACGGACGCUUGUUCGGUCUACGCGAAAACAAUUCGAUAUCCACGAUGGUGAAGACCCAGAAAUAUGUAUUGAGUAAACAAUUUGAAGGAGAACCUAAGCGUUCAGACUUAACCAUUGUUGAAGAAGAAUUACCGCCGCUUAAAGAUGGAGAGUAUUUGGUUGAAGCAGAAUACCUAUCGGUAGAUCCUUAUAUGAGGGCCUAUGUACCUAGGUUACCACUUGGUAUUACAAUGAUUGGCUCUCAAGUAGCUAAGAUUAUCGAAUCUAAGAAUCCUGAUUUCCCUGUUACUCGUCAUGUUGUGGGUAACUUGGGUUGGAGAAAGCAUACCAUAAUCAGUGGAAAACAUGAUACACCCAUUACAGAUAAUAUGGCACCAUACUUAUUGCCUGAUAUUGGAGAUCUACCUUCCUCUCUUGGUCUAGGAGUAUUAGGAAUGCCAGGGAAUACAGCUUACUUUGGAUUUCUUGAAAUUUGUCAACCAAAGAAAGGCGAGACUGCUGUUAUUAGUGGAGCAGCUGGAGCUGUUGGAUCUCACGUAGGUCAAAUAGCUAAAAUUUAUGGUUUGAACGUUAUUGGAAUUGCUGGUACUGCCUCUAAGUGCAAAUGGUUAAAAGAAGAACUGGGCUUUGAUCAUGCAAUAAAUUAUAAGACACAGGACAUCAAUGUUGCUCUAAAGGAAGCAGCACCAAAUGGAGUCGAUUGCUACUUUGAUAAUGUGGGAGGAGAUAUAUCAAGCACAGUGUUAAACCACAUGAAUCUAUUUGGGAGAAUUUCUGUCUGUGGAAGCAUUUCAUCCUACAAUGCUGAUCCAAAGCGUUUGCCAAAAUCUCCUGUUAUUCAGCCAGCUUUAGUUUUUAAGCAGUUGAAAAUGGAAGGUUUCAUUGUAAAUAGAUGGAAGAAUUGUUGGUUUGAAGGAAUUGAGAAAAAUCUUGAAUGGAUCCGUCAAGGAAAGCUUAAAUACCAUGAAACUGUUACUGAUGGAUUUGAAAAUAUGUUUGACGCAUUUGUAGGGAUGUUAAAUGGUGAAAAUAUUGGAAAGGCUAUUGUUAAGGCAUAAAAGAAAAGUGCUGUAUAAAACAUAUUCUACAUGAAGGAUAAACUGCAGAAUACGACUUCUUUUUGCAGUUAACUGUGAAUUGUUUAGUUUGUUUCAUAUGAAACUCUUCAAGAAAGGGUCAUAUUCUGCAAUUUUACCAUAAUAAAUUUGAUAACAUAAGAAUUAA